UUUAAUAGUGUCAUGGCCAGUUCACUUGUUCAUUUCUUAAUCGGUGCCUUAGUUACAGCGUUGGGAACUUAUUAUUACUAUUACGUGCAAUUUAGUAGCUAGAAUGGAAAAAUUACAAAAAAUUGGUCAAUUUGCCGUUCUCAAAGCCGAUGUACUUAGAAUCGUAAUAAAUCAAGAACGCAAUAUAUGUACACGCUAUACUCGGCAGUAUCAACAAUUGAAUCAUCAAAAACAAUUCCAACGCUAUCUCAGCAAAAAUCAAGUCAAAGGCCAGCCAGCAACAUUGCCUUCGCAUAUCCUAACAAGAACCGCAAAUAGACGCGUAUAUUUAGUCCUUUUGCCUAUAAGCACAGUUAGUUGUGCCACUGCUGCCAGUCAAUCAGCAACGUUAGCUAAAGAAACAUCGUCUAAGGGUGACAAAUCUGACGAUCUAGAAAACAUGUCAACUGAUUAUAAAAACGCCAGUUCUAUUUAUGACUUCACUGUCAAAGACUCUUUUGGCAAUGACGUGUCUCUGGAUAAAUACAAAGGAAAUGUUGUGUUGAUUGUGAAUAUUGCCUCACAAUGUGGCUUGACCAAGAAUAACUAUAAGAAAUUGACCGACUUAAAGGAAAAAUAUGGGGAAAAGGGUUUGAAAAUUUUGAAUUUCCCUUGUAAUCAGUUUGGUUCACAGAUGCCAGAAGGUGAUGGUGAAGCAAUGGUAUGUCAUUUACGUGAUGCCAAAGCAGAUAUUGGAGAUGUGUUCCAAAAGAUUGAUGUGAAUGGCGCCAAUGCGAUUCCACUAUAUCAAUACUUGAAAGCUAAACAAACUGGCACUUUGGGCAGUGGUAUUAAAUGGAAUUUUACUAAAUUUUUAGUUAAUAAAGAGGGCAUUCCAAUCAAUCGCUAUGCACCCACAACUGAUCCAAUGGAUAUUUCUAAGGAUAUUGAAAAGCUGCUUUAAAUACAAUAGCAUUUAAAUGCUUCAUUUAUUAUCAUUUAAGAUAUAUAAUAUAUAUUUUUAAAAAAAAUAUAAAACAACAUUUGUUUUGGAUUGUUUUAU